AUAAAAUAAUGAUGGUUUUGCUCACUCUCAGUGACCUCCCCAGCCAGGGUUUCUGCUCCUCUCCUCCCUCCUACUAGGCUGUCCUUGCUCCCUGAACCUGCUUUCUAUCCCUUCCUUUCCUACCCAUUCUCACCAGUAAUUCUCUCUCUUUGCCCUUUUCUAGGUCUGUCUCUUACUUUCUCCCAUAAUUUCUGUCUUGCUGUGUUUCUUCAUCUCUCCCAUGUCUCUGCUCUCCAUAGCUCUGUCUCUUGGUUUCUCCUCCACACUCACAGGUGGCCAUGCCUAGGGACUGGUCCUGUCCUCCUGGUCCCUGGUCCAGGCCAGUCCAGACCUGUCCAGCUCGCCCUGAUCUGCUUGGAUUGAUCUGUCAUCCCCUCUAGACUACAACCUGAGUCCUGUCGGUGUCUCGGCCCCCACCCACAGCCUGGUACACUGCAGGUGCUCCACUACCAGAGGGAACAGGAAGGCCGCUGUCCCUUCCUCCCGGCACUCAGCUGUCUGCCCCCAACAUCAAUCCCUCACAUCCCACGCACCCAGCUCUUGGCAGUUUACUAAGACCUUCUGCACCCCCAUUACCUCAUGUGAUCCCCACAACACCUAUGAGAGAGGAAGAUGAAUCGUCCGAUCCAAGUGAAGCCGGCUGCCAGUGAGGGCCGAGGAGAGGACCGGAAGCUGUUUGUGGGGAUGUUGGGCAAGCAGCAGGGUGAGGAGGAUGUCAGACGUCUGUUCCAGCCCUUCGGCCACAUCGAGGAGUGCACUGUCCUGCGGAGUCCUGAUGGUACCAGUAAAGGCUGUGCCUUUGUGAAAUUUGGGAGUCAAGGAGAAGCUCAAGCUGCCAUCCAGGGACUACACGGUAGCCGGACAAUGACGGGCGCCUCUUCCAGCCUGGUGGUGAAGCUGGCAGAUACCGACCGGGAGCGCGCGCUGCGAAGGAUGCAGCAAAUGGCAGGCCAGCUGGGAGCCUUCCACCCGGCACCGCUGCCCCUGGGGGCCUGUGGCGCCUAUACCACUGCGAUCCUGCAGCACCAGGCAGCCUUGCUGGCGGCAGCGCAGGGUCCAGGGUUAGGCCAGGUGGCCGCGGUGGCCGCCCAGAUGCAGCACGUGGCAGCCUUCAGCUUGGUGGCUGCACCGCUAUUGCCUGCGGCAGCCAAUACAUCCCCUGGUGGUAAUGGCCCUGGUGCACUCCCUGGCCUUCCAGCGCCCAUGGGAGUCAAUGGAUUUGGCUCCUUGACCUCCCAGACCAACGGACAGCCAGGCUCCGAUACGCUCUAUAACAACGGGGUUUCCCCUUACCCAGCAGCCUAUCCCUCGGCCUAUGCGCCAGCGAGCACAGCUUUCCCCCAGCAGCCUUCCACUCUGCCUCAGCAACAAAGAGAAGGCCCCGAAGGCUGUAACCUCUUCAUCUAUCACCUGCCUCAGGAGUUUGGGGAUGCAGAACUCAUACAGACAUUCCUGCCCUUCGGAGCUGUUGUCUCUGCCAAAGUCUUUGUGGAUCGUGCCACCAAUCAGAGCAAGUGUUUUGGGUUUGUUAGUUUUGACAAUCCAACCAGUGCCCAGACUGCCAUCCAGGCCAUGAAUGGCUUUCAAAUCGGCAUGAAGAGGCUCAAGGUCCAGCUAAAGAGACCUAAGGAUGCCAACAGGCCUUACUGAUCUGCGCUCGCUGACCAGUCACAGACAGAAACUGAAGAGUGAAGAAAGGAAACGGAAAAGCACAGAAAUGCUGGAGCGGCCCUUCCGGAAGGAGUGGCGUCAGACGGAUGUGGAUCGGACCCAGGGCUGGCGCCUGGGGCUCAGGCCACUCAUCAUGUGGGUUGUUCCAUGGAGCGCUCAGGCUGUCAGGGCAACCAGUGCUGGCUGAGGAUCGACUGCUCUAAGGGAACCAGCAGAGGGCCUCGGGGGUGCCAAGGGCUUCUCAACAAGGGAAGCCCAGACUUACUUUGUUCAAAAUCAUAUCAUUCCUUAGUGUUUAGGGACCAAAGGACUAUUGCUUUUUUUAAGAAUAUAUAUAUAUCUAUAUAAAUUAAAACAAAGAAAAAAAACAGGAGACAAAAAAAAAAAAAAGACAGUAUAGAGUCUCAUAAAAGCUGCCUUUAAAUAUCCCCAGGAGACAGGGUGGAGGAGGCCCUUGAUAGCCCCAGCCUAGGCAGAGGAGGCUGUGGAAAGAUUGUCCUGUGUCUCACUCCUUCUUAAGCGAUUCCCUUACCCCACCUGUUAAGAAUAUGAUAAAGGAUGUGAAGUCUAGGCUCAUAUUCAAGCAACAAAAGAGGGUCAUGGAAGCAGUGAACCCACAGUCCCUAAAUGCAGAUAGUACCCCUUAAGAGGCCUCAGGAGGCGCUCAGGCCUGCUCUGGUCUUUGCUACCCUAGGAGGCUCCCAGCCAUCAGAAAGUGGGAACAUGCCUUUCCUUCCUGGCACCCUUUCCUGUGGAGCCACAGCCUCCCCAGGUAGGAGGAGAGAGAGAGUCUUUCCCUUCCCAGUCAGGUAGACCAAGCUCGCCUUUGGCUGAGCCGAGACACCUCCUGUUUCCCCUCCCCUUGCGACUACCCCAGUGUCCCCUUGCUCCAGGCCACCUUCCGUCUCUUAGUCUAAGUUUGCCCACUUGUAAAGUAGACUCAAGAUAUGUGUAGAGGGCUGUGACAACAGACGUGGAAGGCUUGCUGCUGUAAAUACUGCCACUGAGAAGGGGUCAUUUUCACUAUGUAGAAGCUUCAGAAUUAGAGGUCCCUCUUUACCCAGGACCUGGGAGGGAAGUAGAUGUUUUGCCAAAAUACUAAUUCAUUCCUUUAAAAAGUACAUCUUUCCUAUGCAAGUGUGUCUCACAUGUGCUUACCCAAGGUGCUUUUAGAUGGUGAGCAGUGUUCAGUUUAGAAGUGGUGUGUGCUCUUGUCUGUCUGUCCUUGUCUGUCUGUUGUGUACAGUGAGUGCCAUAUAAAGCUGAUCAAUGGUGGUG